UAGUGGAUUAGUGGUAGUAGCAUUUGAGUUAAAGUAUGUGAUUCUAUUCCACGACAAAACUUUUAUAGUAAGAAAGAGAAAAAAAAAGUUCUCCGGUGUUGGAAGAGUUGAGCACAUCUACUUCUGUAAAUCGACUGCAGUUUCAAAGCAUUGACUUAGGGAGGUAGGAGAGAUAUCAAGUUAUCAGCCAUAGCAAUGACAUCUACAAGUUUGAUGAAGCUAAAUGGGGCGUUGUCAUCACAAUGGAUGGGACAGAAUUCGUUCGAUUUCCAUGGCCGAUCACCAACGUUCAUAACAACUCGCCGAGUUUCCAUGCCAAGCCGUUGUGCUACUUCAAGCUCUUAUGUUGAUGAGCUUGUAAAAACUGCUAAAACCAUUGCUUCUCCUGGACGUGGUAUUCUUGCCAUUGAUGAGUCAAACGCAACUUGUGGGAAGAGAUUGGCAUCAAUUGGCUUGGAUAACACAGAGGGUAAUCGUCAGGCUUAUAGGCAACUUCUACUCACAACUCCUGGUCUUGGUGAAUACAUUUCUGGUGCCAUUCUGUUUGAGGAGACACUCUACCAGUCUACAACAGAUGGGAAGAAAUUUGUCGACUGCUUACGUGAUGAGAAUAUUGUUCCUGGCAUCAAAGUUGACAAGGGUUUGGUUUCUUUGCCUGGUUCAAAUAAUGAAUCUUGGUGCCAAGGGUUAGAUGGUUUGGCUUCAAGAUCUGCAGAGUACUAUAAGCAGGGUGCUCGUUUUGCAAAAUGGCGUACAGUUGUUAGUAUCCCUUAUGGACCUUCUGCUCUGGCUGUUAAGGAAGCUGCAUGGGGACUCGCUCGUUACGCUUCUAUCUCUCAGGACAAUGGUCUUGUGCCCAUAGUAGAACCAGAGAUCCUUCUUGAUGGUGACCAUCCAAUUGAGAAAACCCUUGAAGUAGCAGAGCGGGUUUGGGCGGAAGUCUUCUACUAUUUGGCUGAAAACAAUGUUCUACUUGAAGGAAUUCUUCUUAAGCCAAGCAUGGUAACACCAGGAGCUGAUUACAAAGAGAAGGCUUCUCCUGAGACUAUCACCAAAUUUACCCUUCAAAUGCUUACGAGACGAGUACCUCCUGCUGUCCCUGGAAUCAUGUUUUUGUCUGGAGGACAGUCAGAAGUGGAAGCCACCUUGAACCUUAAUGCUAUGAAUCAGAGCCCUAAUCCAUGGCAUGUCUCUUUCUCAUACGCUCGUGCUUUACAGAACAGCGUGCUUAAGACAUGGCAAGGGCGUCCUUGGAAUGUAGAAGCAGCUCAGAAGGGUCUUUUGGCUCGUGCCAAGGCAAAUUCUCAUGCACAACUUGGUAGCUACUCUGCCGAAGGCGAAAGUGAAGAAGCACAAAAGGGAAUGUUUGUCAAGGGAUACACCUACUAAUAAACUGUACUGAUGUUAAAGCUAUAUCUACACUUUUGAUACAAACUACAAAGAUUAAAUGCUAGAUUCAUACUUAUUAUCUUUUAUUUGUUUGAACAAUACAGCAUUGUGAUAUUCGACGUAUUCUUUCAUGAA